UCGAGCUGUUUUCUUUCGAGACAAACAACAACAUGACGCUGUACUAUUCACUCGUAUUUCUGCUCCUGAUGAUGGAGAUCAUCGUGUUUUUGGUGCUGAUUAUUCCUCUUCCUCGUAGAUUGAGAAAGAGCGUGUUCAACUUUUGCGCCAGCUCUCCUUUCAUUGGAAAAGUGCAAUACAGCAUGAAAAUCACAUUCAUCUUUAUUAUUGUCUUGUUUAUUGACUCUGUUUCUCGCGUUAUGAAGGUCACUGAAGAGUACAAUUACGCUAGAGUGUCUGCUCACCCUGAAUCCAUGCGUUCUGAAGUUCAGGCUCGCAAGUUCUACGCCCAGCGUAACAUGUACCUCUGUGGAUUCACGCUGUUCCUUUCUCUCAUUCUCAACAGACACUACGUUGCUCUCAGCAAGCUGUUCACGACUCAGGAUCGCGUUGACGCUUUGACCAAGCGUUUGGAGCAGAGUGAAGCUACUGCCUCCAAGCCUUCCGAACAAGAGAAAACUCUUCGUGAAAAGCUGGAUGCUGUUACGAAUGAUUAUGAGCUUCUCUCAGAGAAGUACGCAAAAAUGCAGAAGGCUACUGAGCCCAAAAAGGACAUUUAA